AUGGCGUCGACAACCAGCCCGCCCAUUAGCAUCCUACCGGAGGAGAUACUGCUGCUGAUUGCUGAGCUGCUUCCGGUUUCUUCCCUUUUGAAUCUUCUCCGCGUCAACUUGACGUUUCACCGGGUCGGGCUUGCUGUCCUACUGAGACCCGAAAGGUCAGUGAACUUCCUGUCAACUCGUACUUCAAACUCCCAUCUCCCGUUCAAUCCGUGCUUCUCAAACAAGGACUACGCUUCAGAAGUGCGCUCUGUCACGGUGAACCCACACGCCCAUCACUGGUGUUCCCAGUUCGAUGUCCCCGAUAUGCCGAAGGUCGACGUUAUUCGUCUCCAGCUCGCCGAACAACUCCCCGACGAACACCACUGGCGCAUCCUCCACAGCGAUGUACCAACGCCCACGCCUUUCUUUGGAGGUCCCUACGAGGAGCCUCGUUGCCCCCUCCUGAACGUGCCUUUCGCCAGCAUGCUCGUCGUUGCUGAGACCAUCUCUUACAAGAAAGGAAUCAAGAUUUUGCUCCCGUCGACUACCGUGAGCAGCCUCAGAUCAACGGUCUUGUUCCUGAAGGCUCAUCAGGGCUACGACCCUCGUGCUAUAGACGACGCGGACAUGUUCUCAGGUCCUGAGACAGGCCUCUCUUGGGAGUGUCUCUCUCGCUUUAUGCCUGACAACAUCCGGUCGUUCACGCUUGUCUUUGAAUCACCCCAGCUCGACUCUUACAGCUGGAUCGGCCAGAAGAAUGAUUCCGCAUAUGGGCAACACAUGAUGGCGCCUGCCGAUGAGCUCCUCACAGCAAUUUUCGACAUGUGCGACGACCUCGGGCGGAGCGACAAGACCAGGUCCAUGCUCCCCAAGGGCUUCGAGACGUUCACGGUUGUCCUCCCCGACGGAGUGCUGGACUCCGUGUGCCAGAAGUACUUCCAAGACCAGGUUGACCUCCAUCUCGAACAGUUUCGUCAGAAAGGGAUCUGCACAGUGCGCAUCUUCUCAAUGACACAGCUCAUGGGCUCCAAGGAGUACGCCGGAGUGAUGACGGAGAAGGAGCAGGAGAUGUGGAGUGAGAGAGCGCAUCUCUCUCACUACGAGAUGUCCAUUGGGGAAGUCCAAGAGUGCAUCAACCUGAGCGCGUGCCGCACAACAAUGCCAUGCUUUCCUGCAGGCGACCUUCUUCUGUCUUUCUUUGACUAG